AAAGCCAACCGCCACUUCUGCCGUGUUUCUUUCUGCAAGCGGUCGCAGGGCGUUACUCGAGAGGGCGUUCGUCACGAUGGAGGCCCAGGCGUGGGCUUGGCGGCUGUACUGGCUGCUGGUGUGCGUGAGUCUCGUGGGCCCGACGUGGGCGGCCAGAAGGAGGGGCGGAAGAAAAGGUCGCAAGAAGGCAGAGGCGAGGGCCCCGCCCAUCCCGCCCACGUCUACUGCUCGGAACGUGUCCGGGUCGCCUUACGUAGACCAACUGGACGCUCUGCUGGCGGACCUGGGGGGCAGCGCCACCGCGCCCUUCAAGCGCCAGAGCUGCCCCUACGCCAGGCAGCCGAGUCCGCCGCAGCUGUGCCCUGUCCCCCAGCCGUGCCCGGCAGCCCGCCCGACUCAGCCCCCGCCCCCGACUCCCUGGCCGACUGCGCCCCCGAUCCCCAGCCCGAUCACGCCGCCGGCCCCGCAGUGUCCUUCGUGUCCUCAGCCUCCGCCGUGCCCCGCCUGCCCCUCGCAGCCGGUCACGUGUCCCCCCGGACGCCCUGGGCCCCCCGGCCAACCCGGGCCCCCGUGCACCGGUCCUCCAGGUCAGCCCGGCCCGCCCGGCAUCGGCGCGCCGGGCCCUCCGGGGCCGCCUGGAUUCACGGGCAACUGCAGCGGCGGCGGAUGCACCGGCAUGGCCAGCUGCGGCAACGACAGGUGGUACAGCGCCAUCAUCGGGAUGGUCCAGAGCAACCGGUGCUGCGGCGAAAGCUGCCAAGAUGAGGAUGAGGACUGCCCCUGGGACAUCAGCCUUCUGGUCUCCAAGUACCUGGUGGUGAGGGAUCAGAUCGACCUGAUUUCCAAACUCGACACUCGAAUCGACCUUCUCGUGGCCGCCAUCUUCCGCAUGCGUCUGGCCGUCGAGGGAGCGUACGAGAUGGAGGGCGAGCCUGGGGAGCCCGGCGACGAGGGCGACCCGGGGGCCAAGGGCGACCGGGGCCCCGCCGGGGAGCCGGGGCGCUGCCCGGGCUCGAGCUGCCUCGUGGGCCCCCCGGGCGACCCGGGUCCUCCCGGAAGCCCCGGCGACAAGGGCCGGAAGGGCGACUGCUGCUACGGCACGCCCGGGCCGCGCGGGCGCAAGGGCGACGCCGGCCGCGGCAUCCCCGGCGAGCGAGGGCCUCCGGGGCUCCGAGGCGACAAAGGAGAGAUCGGGAGAGUCGUGCUGGGCCACACGGCCGAGUUCGAGCUGGCCGUCGGGGCAAGCAGCAGCCUAAGCAGCAGCAGUAGCAGCAGUAGCGGUUUUCUAAGCGGAUGAGUCUCACCGUAAGUCCCAACCCAUCGCUCUCUAACCCGAGGCUCCGUCGGCCCGUGAACACCCACCCGCCGAGGGCCACGGGCGCCUCCGACAGCAUUGCCAUUCAUCAGUCGUUGCCAUUAAGACCACCACGAAAAGUCACCUUUGCCACUGGCGCACUCUGCCACUCUGUUUACGUUUUUAAUAAUGAUUACUGUGUAAGACUAUUUAAUAGUAUUGAAAAAUGAGGGAAAGUUUAUUAAAAGAAAAAUCCAUA